UGCAUGAAGGAGCUGCCAAGAGUGUGAGGGAGAGCGUCCAUUUCUGUGAUUUAAAAAAUUAAAUAAAUAAAAGACUCAACUGGGUGUAACGCGUGAGCGGGAGGCUGAGCUCAGAGCAGAGGAGAACUGUGAAGGAGCAGGAGGGUGAGAAAGAGUCAGAGAGAGAACAGGUUUCUUCUGCAGCCCUCGCACGCAGCCUCAGCAGCCAUGCCUAACUUUGCCGGCAACUGGAAGAUGAAGAGCAGUGACAAUUUUGAGGAACUUCUCAAAGCCCUGGGCGUGAACGCCAUGCUGAGAAAGGUGGCUGUGGCGGCGGCCUCGACCCCUCAAGUGGAGAUCCGCCAGGACGGCGAGCAGUUCUACAUCAAGACGUCCACCAGUGUGCGCACCACCGAAAUCAACUUCCGCAUUGGCGAAGAGUUCAAUGAGGAGACUGUGGAUGGACGCAAGGUCAAGAGCCUGGCCACCUGGGAGUCAGAGAAUAAGAUUUACUGUCAGCAGACUCUGGUGGACGGAGACGGCCCUAAAACCUACUGGACCCGAGAGCUGAACGGGGAUGAACUUGUACUGACAUUUGGUGCAGACGAUGUGGUGUGCACAAGGAUUUACAUGCGGGAGUGAGGCCGUGCAACCUUCACCUGGACAAAGCUCGUGGGAACCUAUUCCAUUAACUCAAUAACACAUUCGCCAAGUCUCUUGUGCAAUCUAACCUUUCAGCAUCAACCAGAAUAGUCUCCUAAUGGUUAUUUGUAGUUAACAUUGUGUCUGCAGUACAGUAGCUAGCUUUCUCAGUGUCCAUACCUGCAACCCAGGUGAUAAUAAUGUUGGAUUUAGUCAUCGGCUGCAUCAACUGUUAAAGUUUGAUGAAAGGAAGCAAUAAAACAUACAUGGAACAAAGAUA